AUGGCAACAAAGGAUAACCUUCUUGAGUCACUUAAGACGAAGGAUAUCUCUAAUUUAAUACAGUGUAUUAAAGAGCUGUCUGCCAAUGAUGUGCUUAAUGAUGCUCUGGCCGGGUUCAGUCGGCGUCUGCUGCAGGAACUAUGGGACAGUGUGCAGAGUAUGUUUGUUGAAGAACUGCAGAACACAGCAAUGCUCGUGUUUUGCAUCACUAGGCUGGCUCAUGGAACUCUCAUGUCACAGGAGGGGUUUGACUUGUUCUUGCCUCCGUCUUUCAUCGAAGUUGCCAUUUUGAUUCAUGGUAUAUUUCCCAGUCUAGGGCCAGAACAUGCCAGCUUGAAGGAUGACAUCUCCCGGCUCUUUGAGAGCUGGUGGCUGAAAAAGGGUCACGGACGAGAAGAGCUAAUGGGGAACACUCUUGUGUAUUUAUUGACCAAGAGUACAGGGCCUAAAGCUACGAAGUCAGAUGUGGCUCGUGUGUAUGCAGUCUGUCAUGUACUGGACUCCGUGAACUUUGACCGUGAAGGUGCUGGUGCCCUUGUAGACCUGCUGCUGCAGUGUUGUGUGCUGCCUCAGUUCCUCAACUCUUCUCAGGGUGUGAAGUUCCUGGCCUACUUGUUUACCUUGAACCCAGAACUUACCAAGAUGCUUCAUCAAACUGUUAAGAACCAUCUGCCAGCGACUCCAGUGUCAUGGCACGCAAAGUUUUCGGAAGUUUACUUAAAAGCUUGGCAGGAAGCAAAGAAUCCAGAUAUGCGAGAGGUGAUCGAGCACCAGUGUAUCCAGGAUCUGAUGCACAGAGCUGUGCAUGCACAGAGAGGUGGUCAGUCUUCUAUUGCAAAAGUGCUCUUUAGGAUCCUGAGUUUGAUUCACAAGAAGAAGACACAGAAAGGUGUUGAAGCAAUGCUGACCCGGCUGUAUGAGCCUAUUCUUUGGAGGUCAUUGAUGGCUGCAAACAGUGAUGUGAGAAUUAAUGCCGCCUUGUUGAUGUUUGACACUUUUCCCCUGCAAGAUGCUGAUCUCAACCGCCAGCAGGCGGACGCUGCUUUACAAAAACAGUUCGACAUCAUGCAUAACCUGUUGUCCGAUCCUGUGCCGGAAGUAAGACUGUUUGCUGUACGGGGUGUGGGCAAUGUUCUCAACAUUUACUGGGAACUCAUCCCAGCUGAUGUAAGUGUUCCUUUCAUCUUUCAUGACUUGAUUAUGUUUUUGUUGCAGGUGAUAAAGUGCUUUAUAACAAAACUGAUAGAAGAUCUUGCUUAUGAUGUCUCUUCACCUGCAGUCCGAGAGGCUGUUUUGAAGGCUAUGCAGCAGUUGUGUGACAACCACUUGUGCAUUCCCUUGCUGCAAAAUGUUCUACCUCUACUGCGGAACUUUGUUCACGACACCUCGGAAAGGGUCCGGGUUGCUAUGUUUGAUCUGCUGCUGAAAGUCAAGGGCCUGCGGGCUAUCAAGUUUUGGAAUCUGGUCCCGCUAGAGCACAUCUUGUCCCGCCUGCAGGUGGAUUCUGCUCCCAUAGUUAGGAGGAUCAUGAAGUUGAUACACCCUUCCUUUGUGCCUCUUCAAGAAGCAGCCGGAGAACAAGUCAGCAGGUGUGUCACUCUUGUGAAGCUGAACAUGGCAGCAGCAAGGCAGUUUUACCUGAACCUCCCUCGUUGUCUGAGCCUAGAGGACACCAUCAGGUACAUCACCUUACUCUGCAAAGCACUUAUCGAGAGUGCCCACAAGCUCAGUGGCAAAAGUGCCCAAUCUCCACAUGAGGAUGAUGAUGAUGCCCACACCAGUAAGGAUGAUAAUGUGGGGGAGAAAGAAAAAGACAAAGCAAAGUCAUCCAAAUCUAAAAGGAAACUCAGAAAAACAAAUAAGAAGCAAAGACCAACGGCUGUUGGGCAGGAGAGUGAUGAGGAAGACAAGCCAGAAGCUGAUGGGGAGCUAGAAGACAUGGCCGUGUUCUGUGGCUUGGUCGAGGCAGUUUAUCUGAUGCACACGGUGGUGCUGACUGAGCUGGAUGCCAACACAAACAAAGAAGUCAAGGAGGGCCUGGCCAAGAAGCUCAGUGUCAUGGUCAGAGAAGUUAUGGCAGUGUCUAAGGACCCUCAUCUUGAUGCAGCCCUGGUAGCUCUAGCUGGUCACCUGCCUUCACGAGCCCUCCCCCACAUCGCCCAGAAUUUAUUUAAAAGACUCAAAUCUGGUUCCUGCUUUGAUGGGAGCAUUGACCUCAAAUUAAUGGUCAAAUCUCUGGUGCUAUGGGGGAAAGCAGAGUUGAUAAUUCAAGUGGUUAAAGAUUCCCUUGGCAGCAUCUUUAAGAAUGGAGAAGAUUCCACUCCAGGUGUGAGUCAAGCUGGAAGAAACAAAAUCAGCCCAGAAUUGGCUUGUGCCUUGAUAACGAAUAUGAUAACCCCAGCUGAAUGCAGACAUAUUUUACUGACCAAAAACAGGCAAGAUCUCAAGGAUUUGAUCGACUGUCUGAUACC